AACAAAAUACUCUUUUAUUUGACUAGUUGUGUUGUUGCUGGUAGCGGUACUCUCGGUAUUCCUUAUGCUUUGAGUCAAUCUGGCUGGAUAGGAAUGGUUUUUCUCAUCUUAAGUGCAUGUAUAUCACACUAUACUGGAUGUUUGAUCAUACGAUGCCUUUAUCUUGGACAAUCAAAGCGUUUAAACGGAUUUCCCGAAAUAGGUUAUACUGCCUUUGGUAGACCAGGACAAGUCAUAGGAUUUAUUUUCUCUCAGCUUUUACUUUUUGCUACACCCAUUGUCUACUUUAUAUUAGCAAGUAGUAACAUAUCUGAUCUAUUAUUAUCAGCUGGCAUUCUCUUGGAUUUUAAAGUAUGUGCCUGGAUGGUCUCUGUUGUUGUAGGCGUUCCUUUUGUCAUGAUAAGGAGUAUGAGGGAUGUUUCUUUUAUGAGUGUAGUGGCUACAUUGGCAUCAGUUUCUCUUGUUCUCAUUAUUAGUGUAGCAUCCACAGCAGAUUAUCGGAUUGAAAAUGACACAGAUAUUCAGCAAAAUCAUCAUCAUAUCGCUAUCCCUAGGCAGUUUCCAAUGGCAUUUAGUACUUUUAGUUUUUCUUAUUGUGGUAAUGUCAUUUAUCCUCACUUGGAGGGCUGCAUGAAUCAUCCGCGACAUUGGUCCAAAGUAUUGAUGGUUGCCACUAUCAUUGUCACAGUAAUGUAUGUGAUCAUUGGCUUUGUCUGUUAUUUAGUUUAUGGCAAUCAAGUUUUAAAUCCAGUGUUUCUGAAUCUCCCUUACGGUUCCUCACGUAAUAUUGCCAUGAUCAUCACCACUAUCCAUGUUUUAUUAGCCUCUCCAUUAUAUUUGUAUGUAUUCACCAUUCGGAUUGAAUCCUGGCUUGGGCUUUUUAUUCUCUUUCUGGAAUGGCUAUGUAAUCAUCCCAUCCUGGCCCGUGUAUUGGUUCGUAGUCUUGAAAUUGCCGUAUGUGCGUUGUUCGCCAUGUUGAUACCCUAUUUUGCCGAUGUCAUGAACCUAAUUGGGACCAUUGCUGCUGAAUCAUUGACAUUUGUUCUACCAUGUGCAUUUUUCAUCAAGUUG